AAACUGUCAACUGUCAAAGCUGUCAGUUCUCUCUGUGUUAACUUGCACACAUUGGGAGAUUGGGGAAAAUAAAAAGUAUAAAACACUCGUAAAGUGUAUUAUAGGAGGGGCAAAAGAAUACUCUCGUGUAUAUAUUAUGAUUCAACCACACGCGAUGUAACGUCGCAUCGACGGAGAAAUCAACAGAUCAAUUUAAUCAACUUGAGUGUAUUGAAGAUAACGAGGCAAAAAUCUACUUGUCGUGAAACGUUAUUUUAUUCAUUCAAGGGCGUUCGUUGAGUGAAAAGUGUUUUUUUUUUAAAGCCAUUAAUGACAAGGCGGGAGUUUCGUGAUCCUGAAAUAUUUUUUUACUAAUGCGCCGGAUAUAUUUAAACUUUUAGGAGUAAAAUUUUUCUCUAUAUUAAUAGAUUCAGAGCCCAUCUCACAAUCAUUAUUAUAUGUACGUGUUUUAUCAAAAUUCGUUCAUUGUUUUCUCUUGUUAUCUUACAAUGAGCUAACAAUGAGUAAUUUUUACUUCUUUCAACGAGGAUUCAAAUGAACUUGAUUGUAAUCAUCUCAUUUGUUUGAAUUUAUAAUUUGUAUGUGAAAUACUUAACUUACUGUCAAUUAUGUCAACGAGAUUGAAUAUUAAUCUCUCGUCGUCCAGGUGCUCUAGUGAAAACGGCGCACAAGCGGUGUGAUGGAUAAAAAGUCUGAUAAUUGACAGUUAUUAACACGUCGAUCUUAGGAUGCUGCGAGGUCAGUUGAGAGACAUAUCAUCCUGGAUGGUUCGUGUGUCCGGAGCCAUUCGUCGGAGCUUAUAAAACGGACACUUAAUAAAAAUGUUUAGUUCAAAAAUAAGCGGUUCCACGAGUAAAUUCUACACUGAUUUAUAUGACAAUGAAGAAACUUCUCAGUCGGAGGAUAAUAAAUCGACAACAACGAAAAAUUCUCAUCUACAAGAACAAAACAGUGGAGCUAGCGAUGAUGUCAAUUCACAAGAUUCAGAUUCAAUCAACAGUGUUGCAAAUGAACAAAAUUCUCCAAAACAUUCUUCCUACAAUCGAAUGUCACGACUACAAAGUUGUCCCAGAUUUCAAUCGUUUCUUGUCACAACUUCAAAUUCUUCAAUAUGUACGGAAAUUCGCUCGGAAAAAAUCUCUACCGAAUCUUCCUUUGUUAAAGUCUCACACAGCGUUUUGGAAUACAGUAGCAGCAGAUACAAGGCAGCAGAGAGGAGUUCACAUCAGUUUAUACUCGAGGAUUACGCGGUGAGCGAGUCAGAGAGUGAAGAAGAAUCGGACGAGAAUCGUUCAACGGAAAUCACAACAAUUAUUAAUAAUCAGCCUAAUGAUUUGGCAAAUGAAAAAUUAUUGUCAACAACAAAACAGGAGCAUUGUGAUUCAAAGAAAAAGAAGGCACAUCAAGUUGCUGAGGAAUUACUCGCGACAGAAAAGAAAUAUGUGAAUAUUUUACAUUUAAUUGAUCAAGUAUUUCAAUUUCGUGUUGAUCAAGAAAAUCGUGCACAUCCAAUGUUUCCAAUUGAAACGGUACAACAUAUGUUUUCAAAUAUUAAAUCAAUUUAUAAAUUUCACAAUGAUUUUUUAUUACCACAACUCGAGGAGAGAAUGAAAUUAUGGGAGACGAAUUCACGUAUUGGUGAUAUUAUGAAGAAUUUUGCGCCAUUCUUAAAAAUGUAUACGGAAUAUGUGAAAAAUUUUGAUUACGCAAUGAAUCUUAUUAAUAAUUUACAAGGGAAAGUGCCACGUUUUGCGGCAAUUAUCAAUGAAAUACAAAAACUUGAGGAGUGCGGAAGAUUAACAUUGUCACAUCAUAUGCUCAGUCCUAUUCAACGAUUGCCGAGAUAUGAAUUACUUAUUAAGGAUUAUUUGAAGAAUCUUACCAAGGAUAAUCCCGAUUAUGAAGAUACGAAAAAGGCUUUGGAAUUGGUAUCAACGGCAGCGAAUCACACGAAUGAAGCUAUGAAGAAAAUUGAUAAAUUCAAAAAACUUUUGGAGAUCCAGGAGAGCAUUUAUGAUUCUACUGAUUUAGUUAGUGCGACACGUGAACUCGUUAAAGAAGGAAGGAUCGUUAAAAUAUCUGCUCGAAGUGGUGAUCAUCAAGAAAGGCAUUUAUUUCUAUUCAGUGAUAUACUUUUGCUGUGCUCAUUGAGACUGAUUCCUGGACCAAUUUAUCGUUUGAGAGCAAAAUUUCUCGUAGAAAAUCUUGAAAUAAUUGAAGGCGAUAAUUUGGAAACUGCUAAUACAUUUUAUAUAAGAGAUGAUAAUAAAAACGUCGAAUUAUAUACUCAUUCUGCGGCGGAUAAGGCCGCAUGGCUUGAUGCACUAUUCGAGACAAUGCACGAGAUUAUGAGACGAAAGGCGAGUUUAAAAACUGGUGAAGAGAAAAAUAAUUUAGUUAAAACUGACGAUGUUAAUAGAUGCAUGGUUUGCGAAACUUUAUUCUCCGUUAUGAAACGAAGACAUAAUUGCAGAUCGUGUGGAAUUAUUGUCUGCAGUAAAUGCUCAAACCAAAAAUUAUUAUUCGAGGACAAUAAGCAUAUGAGAGUGUGUAGAUUAUGUUAUGCAGCGUUAACGCAACCAUUAACGAAAUCACCCACUUCGCCUGUUCCAAGUUUACUUCAAGUAUCAGCAAGUGCACCAUCGGUUUUUUCCGGUUAUUUAUUACUCAAAACACAAGCAAGUAAACAUUGGACGAGAAGAUGGUUUUCGCUUCAUACGGAUUUUGUACUCUAUACAUUUAAAUCGGAUUCGGAAAAUAUGGCAAUGACUGCAACACCCCUGCCCGGUUUCAUAGUUAUCGAGGGAAAAGAAUUGCCCGACGAGGAUCCAUUAAAUUCAAAAGAUCGAAUCAGAGCUUUUAAGAUUCAUCACUCGCGAAAGGGUUAUUAUCUUCAAGCAUCGUCGCAGGAAAACAAAGAAAAAUGGGUGCACGUAUUAAAAUUAGCCACGAAGGCUGAGCUACCUCAAGAUAAUGAUGAAAAGUCAAAGAAUAGUGAAAACGCACAGGAUCAUCAGGAAAAUUCGCAAGAAUACAGUUAAAUCACUCUAGUAUAAAUGUAUUUAUUAUUAUAUAGUUAAAACAAAUCAUAUACAUAUCGUCCUCGAUCUAAGAAACUGUAUUGUUAAAAACUUAAGUUUUACAUAGACUAUAUAUUAUUAUAUAUGUAGGAAUUUUUUUUGGCGAUAUUAUAAAAGAAAAUGAAGCAUGAAAUUUUUUGCAUGUCCUUUUAUACUCGUAUAUUAUAUUAAAAAUUAUAUUAAAGUAAAAAAACAAAUUAUAUAUAUAAAAAAAACAUUUUCCAUGUAUUAUAUGGAAAUUAAUUAAUUGCUGCACUUCGUACAAAAAAAGAAGAGUUGGAGUGAAUUUUUUUCAAGACAUGCGUCUUUUUAAUAUGUUUAAUGAUUAUCGCCAAAAACUUUCUGUGAUUGAGUCAAUUGUGACUAUCGCUGUCUAAGCGCUUGUUGUUUUUGUAAUAUUGUGUUAAAAAUAUAUUUAAAUUUAUAUCUUA